GGAAAAGAACCAUGGAUAAAUACAACAAACUCCAAAAGAUUGGGGAAGGAUCCUUUGGAAAAGCCAUUCUUGUUAAAUCUAGGGAAGAUUGUAAACAAUAUGUUAUCAAGGAAAUUAACAUCUCAAAGAUGUCUAGUAAAGAAAGAGAAGAAUCCAGGAGAGAAGUUGAAGUGUUGGCAAACAUGAAGCAUCCAAAUAUUGUCCUAUAUAGAGAAUCAUUUGAAGAAAGUGGCUCUCUCUACAUAGUAAUGGAUUACUGUGAAGGAGGGGAUCUAUAUAAACGAAUAAAUGCCCAGAAAGGUGUGUUGUUUCCGGAAGAUCAGAUCAUGGACUGGUUUGUGCAGAUUUGUUUAGCGCUGAAACAUGUGCAUGACAGAAAAAUUCUCCAUCGAGAUAUAAAGUCACAGAACAUAUUUUUAACCAAAGAUGGGACGAUACAAUUGGGGGACUUUGGAAUUGCUAGAGUUCUUAAUAGUACUGUUGAAUUAGCUCGGACUUGCAUAGGAACUCCAUACUAUUUGUCACCUGAAAUCUGUGAAAACAAACCAUAUAAUAAUAAAAGUGACAUUUGGGCUUUAGGUUGUGUUUUAUAUGAGAUGUGUACACUUAAACAUGCAUUUGAAGCUGGCAAUAUGAAAAACCUGGUUCUGAAGAUCAUCUCUGGAUCUUUUCCUCCUGUGUCCUUGCAUUAUUCCUUUGAUCUCCGUAAUCUACUUUCUCAGUUAUUUAAAAGGAAUCCUAGGGAUAGACCAUCAGUGAACUCCAUAUUGGAGAAAAAUUUUAUAGCCAAACGUAUCGAAAAGUUUCUCACACCUGAGCUUAUUGCAGAAGAAUUUAGUCGUGGAGCAUUUCGCAGAUUUGGAGCUCAUCAUCACAUACGAGCCAAAAGACCAGCUCAGGGACAGAUCUUUGCUUCUCCGGCUCCUGCUCAGAAAAUUACAAAACCUGCUGCUAAAUAUGGAGUGCCUUUAACAUAUAAGAAAGUGGUUGAAAUGCCUAAAAAAUUCCAUGAAAAGAAGCCACUCUCAAGAUGCAAACAGGCCCAACAAACUCCAUCGAAGAAAAUGAAUCCUGGAGAAGAAAGGAGGAAAAUGUUAGAGGAGUUAGCAAGGAGGAAAAAGUUGGAAUAUCAUGAAAAAGAAAAAAAACAAAGGGAACAGAUUAGUUUAUUAAAGCAUGAACAUAUGAAAAAACAAGAGAAGGAAAGGAUGGAGCGAAUAAAUAAAGCCAGAGAACAAGGAUGGAGAAGUGUUCUAAGCUGCAGUGGAAGUAGUGAAAUUAAGGCUUCCUAUAUUGGUGGUGGAAGGGCAGUGGCACAAGUUCCUUUGCCUUCUCGAGGACCAUAUGAACAUUACCAUGCUAUUUUUGAUCAAAUGCAGCAACAAAGAGCAGAAGACCGAGAAGCCAGGUGGAAAGGAGAUAUACAUCGCCAUUGUCUUCCUGAAAGAGGUGUUCCACCUGGAAUACGUCCAGGAUUUCCUAAUGGGGCUGCAGGUCAUCACCAUUCUUCUGAUGCUGGUACAGUUAGGAAAACAUUGAAAAGAUUGAAGGCGGUGUCUAAACAAGGCAAUUCAAACAGGCAAAGAGGACAACUGGCUUCAGAAAGAGCAAAACAAGUGGAGGAAUUCCUACAGCGAAAACAUGAAGCUAUGCAAAAUAAAGCUCGAGCUGAAGGACACAUGGGUACCCUGCAAAGCCUGACAGCUAUGUAUGGAGGCAGGUCCAGUUCUUCAAGAGGAGGGAAACCAAGAAACAAGGAGGAAGAGGAAUACUUGGCAAGAUUAAGGCAAAUAAGACUUCAGAACUUCAAUGAACGUCAAGAAAUUAAAGCCAGAUUGCGUGGUGAAAAGAAUGAUUCUGAUGGCCUCAGUGGACAAGAAGGGAAAGAAGAAAUAGAAAUUAGACGCAAAAAAAUAGAAGCACUAAAGGCCCAAGCAAAUGCUCGAGCUGCUGUAUUGAAAGAACAACUAGAACGAAAGAGAAAGGAAGCAUAUGAGAGAGAGAAGCAAGCUUGGGAAGAACAUUUGGUAGCUAAAGGCAUAAAAAUUGCCAACGUACCUUGCAGUGAGAAAGCAGCAGCAGGAGCUGGUCAUUUCCAGGAACAGCAUGAAUUGGGCAGCUCUCCUUCCCAGUCAGAGAUCAAGCCUGAUGUGCCAGUUAUCUCUAUCACAUCAGCUUUAAAAGAAGUGGGUGCGGACAAUAGUUUAAUUGACAUUCAGGAAACUUCAGAAGAAAUGAAAAAUACUGAUAAUGCACUUUCAAAUAAACGAGAGAUACUGCGUAGACUAAAUCAAAACCUCAAGGCUCACAAAGAGGAAGAAGAAAAAACACCAACUUCUGAAAUUGAUAAAAUAACUGUGAAUGAAGACAUUAAAGAUGAUCAGGAAGAAAAAUCCAUAUUAUCAGACCGUAAGAAAUGGGAGGCAGGAAGUCAACUGGAAAUUCCUCUAGCCAAGUUAACUAUGGAAGAGACCUUUCCUACAGAACUUACAGUGGGACAUGUUAUUAAACUAGAUAUUGAAGGAUCCCCAAGAAGAGUCUGGGGGAAAAGCCCAACAGAAUCUGUUCUCAAGAUUCUUGGAGAAGCUGAACUACAACUUCAGACACAAUGUUUGGAUGAAAAGACACUUAAAAAUGAAACCUCUAAAGGAGAAAACUUCAAAACCUUAAUCAUUGGGGAAAAGGAAGCACAAUUUGUUUCUCUUGAAAUAAAUCCCUUACCUAUAGUUGAUACGGUUGAUAUUAAAGCCUCUGAAGAGCCGAAACUUAAGGAAGCAGAACCUGAUGAUUUGGAAGCAGAACUCUUAGAAGGAUCAAGAAAAGCCAACAAUAUUGACUUGCCUUGCUCUGUUAAUGAGGCAUGGCUUAUAGACACAAAGGAAACAGGCUUGAAGAAUAAAACGAUGAAACAAAAUGAUCUUGAAGCAAUUUCUGAAAGAGAAAAUCUGAGUGAAACAGAAUCACCUGAUAAAGUUAAGAUAGAACCUGAUAAAGAUGAUUCUUUGCAACCUGAACCUAAUUUCAAGAAGUCUCUGAAUCCUGAACCAUUUUUUCACAAAGUACAUCCUUUUGAAGCCUUGAAAAAAGCUGCCUUCUUUCCAUCAAGUUAUCUUAAAAAACAACAGUCUUAUCGUGCCCGUUCUGAUUCACCAGCAAAAAAUAAAGACAAGAAUUCAUUGCUAAUUGGACUUUCUACUGGUCUAUUUGAUGCAAAUAAUCCAAAGAUGUUGAGAACAUGCUCACUUCCAGAUCUCUCUAAGCUGUUCAGAACACUGAUUGAUGUUCCCACUGUGGUAGAUGUAUGUCAAGACAAUCUUGAAAUAGAAGAUGCUGAAGAUGAACCCAUUAAAGAAGCACCUUCUGAUUGUGAAGAGAUAAUAUUUGGGGAGGCAGACCCAGAUUUACAGGAGCUUCAGGCCUCUAUGGAACAGUUACUUAGAGAGCCUAGCGAAGAAUAUAGUGAACCACCUAAUGAAGAAUCUAGUGAAGAAGAAGAAACUGCCUUAAAGUCCAUCAAUGAUGGGCAUAUAAUCAAUGGCACGGAACUUGCUGAUGAGGACGACAACCCAAGCAGUGAAAGUAUUCUUAAUGAAGAGUGGCAUUCAGAUAACAGUGAUGGUGAUAUUACCAGUGAAUGUGGGGAUUGUGAUAGCGUCUUUAACCAUUUGGAGGAACUGAGACUUAAUCUGGAGCAGGAAAUAGGUUUUGAUAAAUUCAUUGAAGUUUAUGAUAAAAUAAAGGCUAUACAUGAAGAUGAAGAUGAGAAUAUUGAAAUUUGUUCAACUAUAGUUCAGAAUGUUCUGGGAAAUGAACACAAGCACCUCUAUCCUAAAAUCCUUCAUCUAGUCAUGGCAGAUGGAGCCUAUCAGGAAGAUAAUGAUGAUUAAGCCUCAUUUGGAAUAUUCUUUUACCUUCUGCUAUGGGAAAUCAUUAGAAUUCUGCCCUGCAGAAUCAGAGGAUUCAGUGAAAAAUGUAGCCAAGACUCUAUAGAAUAAGAACAUCACUAUGGGGGCAUGCUGAUUGCAUGAAGGAGCCAAGGAAACAUGCCAUUUAAAAAUUAAAAUAUUCGUGCUUCUUGUAUUUUCUUUGUUCCAUGAGUUUAAAAGUUACUUUCUAUUGAAUAUAUAUGUGGGUGUGUGUGUGCGUCUCUGUAUUUAUGCAGAGACACGUACAUACUUCCUUGUCAAACAUCCAAAGCUUAACAGAGACACUGGGCCAGGAAUGGACUAAUUGAUUUUAAAGAAGAUUUAUCAUGAAAUAAGUAGCAUCAACUGUUGUGUUAUAGCUGAAAAAGAAUGACCCAUAUUGUGAAAAACUUGCUUGUUACAUCACAUUUACAUACUUACACAUAAUUUUUUCUUCAAGACAAAUGCUAAAACGCAGUUUGGGGUGGUUUUUUUUUUCUGAGCUAUAUAUAUUAAAUUUAGUAAUCUUGUUAAGGACGCUCCUUGAAUACUUACCUUUUUGAGGAUGCAAUUUGUAUCCUAAUCUGUAUUGUAACCAAAAACAUACAUUUUCCUAACAGUAUCACCCAAACCAACUUAAUAGAUGCAAAUUGAGGCACUGUCCUAGAGAUCAUUGAAAGGUUUGAUUUGCAAAGGAUAGAUGUAUAAAUUUUAGACCUUGAUAAUUCAGCAGUUUCUUCCUUUUCUUUUUUAUAUGGAUCAGAACCCACAGAAGUACUUGGAAAUUUGCCUGCUUUUGUUACAUUGACCCAACAAGCAGCAUCCUUCUGGUUUUCAUCUUCUCUCAUCCACAGUUGCUACAGGGACGAUUUAAUAAGAAGAAAUAGUCUCCAAUCCCCAUUUUUAUUUCUACAUAAUCAGUUCUUGCAAUCAGCAUCUCAGUGGGAAAAGAUCAUUUGAUGGCUUCCUCUACUGCUUUUCAUUACAAGAGGAUCCAGGUUUCACAAAGUCAAGUAGGUUUUUUCUUUGAGAUGAGGGCCGCACAGCACAAUCUCUACCUGCAACAGAGCUAAGAAUUAGAUGAUUCAAUAGGAAAUGUCUGACAUCCCAGAUAGAGGAUGUUCACCUUUGAGCAAAGGCAGCCUGAUUGGCAAAAAUCUCAGAGUUUAAAAAAAACAACAGGCUUGACAGCAGCACUAUGUUUGAAGUUAUUAUGUAUAUUAUUUUUAACAUUCAAAAAUAAAUACUUGAUUUUUGUA